GACAACGACCUUAACAACAGCGGCGGUAUCAGCUUCCGCGAAUUCACUAAUUUCACUCUGAAUCUUAUGAAUUUGAACCGUGCAGAGCUUGAGCGAAUUUUCCUCGCUGGUGAUGUAGACCGUAACAGUGAGUUGGAUGGGGACGAAUGUAUCCCAAUGAGAGCUACUCUUCGAAAAACUCUACAAGAAAUGGGUGAUUUAUUGCACAAGAAGUAUGAUAGCAACAAUGAUGGAAAGUUAUCCGGGGAUGAAGCCGUUUUUCUGGCUAGGAACGAGUUCGGAUUAUCUGACAGUGACGCUACAAAAGAAUUUACGUUGUCUGACCAGAACGUUGACCAUUGGAUCGCCCCUGGGGCAGAAAUGUCCGAACUGAUGCUAAACCUGAGAGCGAGACAAGUUAUUGGCGGAGGGACUGCAUUAUCAGUAGGGAAAUAG